GUGAGGAGUACAUUAUUUGUGUGAUAUGGCGUUGAAAUAGUGAAAGGAACAAGAAGAAAAAAACAGAGAGAGCGCAAUAUUAUUAAGAAGAAAGAAGAAGAGAAAGGGGAAGGGGAAGGGGAAGAGGGAGCAUAAAACUAUCAGAAAGCUGCGGCUGCCGCUGCAGAGCUCAGAGAUUACAGAGAUUCAAACAAAGAAGAAGCUUAGGGUCUAGGGUUAGCCCUACGUAGCCGACCCGCCGUCUGAAAUAUUGUCCUCCUCAACCUCAACAUACACUCUUCACUCUUCCUCCUUCCUCCCCUUAAAAGCUGUUCUUACUCUGCCUCUCAUUUUUCUCUCACUCACUCUUCUUCCACCUUAUAUUCCCCAUUUCUCCCCUUUCGCACCCUCUGUAUUUCCAUCUCAAAUUUCCCCUCUUUCUCCUCCAUUCACCACUUCCUUCAAUUUCCUCUCUGUUUUUGGCUCUGUUUUCUCAAUGCCUUCAGACGCCGGCGACCACCGCAAGGCUCCCACCAAGCCUCUUGCCUCCGGAAGUGGCGUUUGUCCUCCCCCGGAACAAGAGCACCUUCCUUGCCCACGUUGUGAUUCUACUAAUACUAAGUUCUGUUACUAUAAUAACUAUAAUUUCUCUCAGCCCAGACAUUUUUGUAAGUCCUGUCGUCGUUAUUGGACUCAUGGUGGAACCCUUCGCGAUAUUCCUGUUGGGGGUGGCAGUCGGAAGAAUGCUAAACGUUCUCGUACUUGUAUUCCAGCGUCUGCGGCGAUUGUUUCUUCUUCUUCUUCUGGGUCAUUUUCUAACUCCGCCUCUCGUAUGGAUCAUCACCCGUUACCGGCGACUCCGGUGCUGGUGCCUCUCGGUGGAGGCGUCGGAGGGGACUUGAAGGUGGGCGGCGGGAAUAUGUGUGGGAGCAUUACGUCGUUGUUGAACACGCACGCGCCGGGGUUUUGGAGUUUGGGUGGGUUCGGGCUAGGGCUCGGGUCUGGAUUCGAGGAUGUGGGCUAUGGGGCGGCUAGUUCUAGAGUGGCUUGGCCGUUUCUUGGACUGGGUGACGGCGGCGCUGGAGUCGGUGGCCACGGUGGUACGCCGAAUACGUGGCAGUUCGAGAAUGGAGACGCCGCCGGUUUUGUUGGGUCUGCCGAUUGUUUGUCUUGGCCGGAAUUAGCAAUUUCCACUCCGGGGAAUGGGCUUAAAUGAUUUUUUUUUUUUCUUUUAAAUAAAGUUUUCUUUUUCUUUUUCUUUUUUGGGUUUAGUGAAAAAAAAUGUGGGUUAAAAAGGUUAAAGUUGUGUUUUAUGGAGGUAGUAAUAUCGGAUAACUUGAAUUAGGAAGAGAAGUACAACUUUUUUUUUUUUUUUUAUUUUUUUUUAUUUUCCUUUUUCGUGUCUACCAACUUUAUGCUGUGUGAAAUCUUCUUCUUCUUUGUUAUAAAUAUGUUCUCAAAUUCUCCUUUUGUCAUCUAA